GACUCAUAUGGUCCCACAUGUCAUUGACACAUACAGAGUUGGCACACUUAAGAGUGGCAAAUAAAUAAAAAAUCCUCAUUAUCGUCCCUUACCGUCCCCAUCGUCCCCAAACCACGCGCGACACUGGUAGUACAGCGGCAGCUGCGAGGAGUGCGAGCGCGUGAAGCAGCAGGAAGACCGGCAAGAAGCCGAUGGCGGUUGUGAGCGGCAGCGGCGGCGGGAGGCUGAACCCCUGGGCGGAGCCCUUCGUGCCUUCCGGGGUGCGGUACCGCGGCCUGAUGCAGACGCCCGAGCAGCAGGAGGUGGAGGACUUCUCCCCCGAGUGGUGGCGCCUGGUCUCCGCCUCCCCGGCCUUCCGCGACCGCUGGCUCCGCGAGUACGGCGCGCUCGGCCUGCUCGACGCCGAGGAGGACCUGGACGACGCCGAGGUCGACGGCUUCCUCCCCGACGACUUCUUCUCCGCUCCGGCCCCGCGCCAAGAGAGCGAGCGGGAGGGCGGCGUGGCCGGGGCUGGUAAGAAGGUCGGCGGAGGCCUCGAGGUGGCGGCGUGGGGGAUCGACAAGUGGUGGCGGGCGCACGGUGGGCCGCCGGAGGCCCCGAGGUACGCGGAGAAGGCGCCGCGGAGGGUGGCGGCCGGCGCCAGGGUGAGCCCCCGCCCCAUCCAGCAGCCGCGCUGAAGUACCCGAUCCGUUCCCGCGCACGCGUCCAUCCGCCGACGGCUGCUCGGUGCCAGAUCUUGGCACAGGAAAAACUAGGCACCCCCAAAAAAAAAAGGUUUCCUUUUCCAAUCUUGCAAUUUGCUUUGGUGUGUUCGUCUUGCGCAGUUUCUGGAUCUGGACUCUGCUUCAGCUCGAGAUCGAAUGGGAAGAUCCUCUGCUGCGUUGUCUGUGCUCAUCCCUGUACUGUGUAAAUAUGAUAACAAUAACAUGCAGUCAGACUUUUAGCUUCCGUCUUCA